GUAAUCGGAGACUUCCGUAAACAGACGAAAAUGUCAAGACUGUCGCUCCGCCGGAGUCAAACGUUCAGAAAUCCCGACGAGGAUUUUGUAUUGCAUGGCCAAGAGUCUUCAUUUUGGGAGAAACCAGAUUAUGCCAGGAAUUCCCAGCUUACGAGCACUUCAGAGAGACUUUGUCAACAUAUCAAAUUUGAUCCUGAAAGGUAUGAAGACAAACGGGGAACUCUCAGAAACCAAGCUUCCAGUUGCGACCGUGUGAGCCAGCAACUGUCAAACACUUUCUCCAAAAGUGUAAUGUUUAACAACAGUGUCACGGGAAAACCUUCAAGGGAAGAAAUUGUCAGGAUCAACCAUUUAUAUGACAAGGAGUUUCCAGAGGCCAGGUUGUCUCAGUUUGCUCCUUCAUUCACUAAAUCAGGAAAGUCCACGUAUCACAGUUCAGAUGAUUAUACUCAGGAAGAAAGGAGGGAUUUUCCACUAGCCACUUAUGAUUCAUUGGCCAAGAAGUAUUACCCAGUCACGUUAAGUGCUCUGUUUGAAGAGGAGAAGCUGAAGAGCCAGCUGUCGCGGUCUCAGUGCAUGUCGGCUCCUGCGGCGGGGAGACGGCACGCCUACACCAGGGCGAGGUCUGCUCUACAGAACCUCAGGCAAUCCGCUGAAGCUGAAAAAUAUCACAAAUACAAGUCCAGGAAGUUUGAGAUGAUUGACAGGAACGAUGCAGAGAAAUUUUAUUUAAUGUCCUCUGAGGCACCCACAAUUGCAUCAGCGAAAGGUAUGCUUACCACGCCCUACGAGGAUGACAUUGCCAAUUUACGUCGAGAUCGGCUGAGGCUGGAGGAGGAGAGGCUGCUAGAAUUAAAGAAAUGGGAAGAAAUAGAAAGAUUAAGGCCCCCAAGAGAGAAAUGGUACGAGUCCUCGGGAACAGACUUCCAUUACGAAUGCCACAAAAAUACAGAGCUGGAGAAAACGGAGCAAAAAUGGAAGGACAACAUGACGAAAAUCGACAGAAAUGAGACUCUGAUGAAAUCCCUGGCAAAUGUCUGUCUGUAGUGUUAAUAGACCCAUGUCCGACCAGGAAAUGACCAUUAUAUGACCAGUGGCUGUGUGAUUGAGAAAGACAAGGGUUACUUCAGGGAUGUGUCCUUUCAUGAGUAAAAAAAAACUUUUGUGCUUAGUUAGGGCUUAGAUUUUAUGUAUACUACUGCCAACUUCAAGCUCAGAGCUUAGGUGAUAGCAGCAAGCUUUCAUUUUCAUGUCAUUUUUAUUUAUUCACAUAUUAAGUAUAGUUUCAGUGUAAAACUUGACAGUUGCAAACAAUUGUGCAGUAGAGAGUUGUUCCAGCUUUCUGUGAAUGACAAAGAUUGCUUUAAACAUUAUUCAGAUAAUUAUGCAGUAGAGAGGUGUUCCAGCUUUCUGUGAAUGACGAAGAUUGCUUUAAACAUUAUUCAGAUAAUUAUGCAGUAGAGAGGUGUUCCAGCUUUCUGUGAAUGACAAAGAUUGCUUUAAACAUUAUUCAGAUAAUUAUGCAGUAGAGAGGUGUUCCAGCUUUCUGUGAAUGACAAAGAUUGCUUUAAACAUUAUUCAGAUAAUUAUGCAGUAGAGAGGUGUUCCAGCUUUCUGUGAAUGACAAAGAUUGCUUUAAACAUUAUUCAGAUUAUAUAUUUAUACUUAUUAGAUUUUAAUGUUCAUGUAUGCAAGCUCAAAAAUGAAAUUAGAAUGCCCAUGUUUGUAUGAUCAUUGUUCAUGUGGGUUGCCAGUGCUUCAAUUGACAUCAGGGUGUAGUUAUCAGACUGAGUUUACACAUAUUAGCUUUAUGCACCUGUUCCUAGUCCUGUAUCGAUGCAUUUAUUGUGCUCUGUGUUUUGUUUUUGAGCACCUGUUGGUAUAAUGUUUCUUUUUGUUAUAAACGGAAUUGAAAUCCAUGAUUGUCUGAGUGAAUUAUAUUACCAUGUGAUCGUUUCAAAUAUUUUUGACGUAAACUGCCCUUACAUUGCCUGUGUGUUUUUGUUUUGAAAUAGGGCUUAGAUUCAGAAUCAUGUUUUCCGUAUCAACCUGAAUAUUGAAUGUUCAACUUUUCAAACUAAAUAUUACAACAAAUAGUGGAUGUAACACAGUGAGGUUAAAAAGGAAGAUCACGUACCACAAUCUCAAGUUUCCUACCAGUUGAUGACAGAUGAAAUGAUUAUGAAUUGUACAAUUUUUUUUUGUUAAAUAGAAUUAAACUUGAGAUCUUCACUCAAUAAAACAUUUCCAUUAGAUCUACAGAUGACUGUGAUAACUCUGAUUAUUAAUGAAUUACAUGUAACUUUGUAUGUAUAGACACAGUUCACAUUCAGUACCACACAGUAUUUUUACUCAAGCUUUCACCAUACUGUUGUAUUUUUACUGGAACUACAACAAAUAAAUUUUUUAAUGAC